AUGAUAAAUAUUAUAUCCUACUCAGAUAUAGGAUUAUGUAAUGAAACUUUUAUUAAUUUAGAGUCCACAAGCAUUGAGGAGAUAUCAAAUAGUUAUCCAAGAUUAUUUAUUAUAACUCUAGAAAGGAAUGGUAAUCAAUUAAGUGAGAUAAAGAAAACAACAAUAUCGGAGAUGAAUAAGACUCUUAUCAACCAAAAAGGAAUAAAAAUAUUUCUAAUUUAAAAAUAAGAAUUGAAUUAAUAUUCUUUAUACAGCAUCUUUAAAUUAGAAAACUCCUAUUUAGAUUUAAUUAAUUUCAUAACAAAUUUAAUUAUGAGUAGAACAGAUGGAUUCAACUUCACAAUUACUUAAUCAGGAAUAUAAAGUUUUUAGAAGUUAAAUCGAAAGAUUUGUAUUGAGAACAAUGAUAUUUCUCUAUCAUAAUUAAUCAGUGACUAUCUAAAAAAAAUAAACUUAGAUGAUAUAUCUUAAAAAGAUUGUUAAAAUCUGCUCUUAUUUGAAUAUGAAAUAGAUUCUUUCUAAUCCUUUGAUUUUCAUUCUUUUAUUAAAGGUAGUUUGUAAACUGUUAAAAAGAUGAUCCAAAUUAUCAUUUAAAUAGUUUAAUCUUUGGAAUAGCUAAACUAAUCGGAAAUGCAUUCAUAAUUCGAAUAGGAAUUAUAUAAUUUUUUAUAAGAACUCAUAAAUUUAUGA